GGAAUGGAAAUUCUUGCAAUUGUUGCCUUACUAUUUUUAGUAAUAGGUGCAUCCCUAUAUUUAUUAAUAUGUGUUGAUCCAAAUUCGCCAGGAUUACUAGGAAUAAUGAAUAGAUUUGUAUUCAACACUAUACCAGCAAUAUUUAGGUAAGAAGUAUAAGUAUAAUGAAUAGAAAAAUAUUGGGAGAACGAAUAUUUAAAAUAUUCUAAGGAGCAAUAAAUUAUUUCUUUUAUUCAAAUCAUCCAUUAGUAUAGAUAUUCUAUGUAUUUGUCGCAGUAGGUGGAUAUUUAGUUUACGUAUAUUUUGGAUUUUUGGAGUUAUUUGAUGAUAAUCCAUAUGUGUCUCAUUUAGAUACAGCAAUAGGAUCGGCGAUGGCAUUAUUUUGUUUUUAUUCAUUUUUCUAAGCUUGUCGUUAUAAACCAGGAAUAAUAACUAAGGAGAAUAACAAAGAUUAUUAAAAUGAAUUUAAAGAAUAUUAUGAUAAUGUUGUUUAUUUAAAAGAUAAUUAAUGCAAAACAUGUAAUAUAAUUAAACCAGCAAGAAGUAAACAUUGUAGAGUAUGCAAUGUAUGUGUAAGUAGAUUUGAUCAUCAUUGUGUAUGGAUUAGAUAAUGUGUUGGAUAAAAGAAUUAUAAAUACUUUGUUAAAUUUAUUAUUACUCAUGCUAUUUUAUGUGAUUAUGGUGCAUAUUUAGGAUUUCGUUGUAUUUGGGGAAUUGUUGUAUAAGAGGAACUAUUAAAAGCUCAAUUUAGGUUUAUUAUAUUUAUUAUUUAUUAAUAGAGAUCCAGUUACUAAAUAGAGAUUGUAAGCUACUUGGGGAAUUAUUAUCAAGUAUUUAUUCUACAAAAAUACUAUGUAUAUUUUUAUUGUCAUUCUCUGUAUUGUUAUGGGUAUUGCAUUAACAAGUUUUGCACUUUAUCAUCUCUUUAUGAUUGGAUAAGAUACUACAACUAAUGAUAAAAUGAAAAGAAGUGAUUUCUUAAAUUUCUUUGAUGAAGAAACACAACGUUUAGAAAAACAACUUAAAAAUGCCAAAAAUUAAGAAGAAAUCAAAGAAGUGUCUAUUAAAUUAGAAUAAGUUAAAUCUUGUUAAAAAAGGAUUAUUCCUAUCAAAACUAUAGGAGUUUGGAAAGGAUUGAAAAAAGUCUUUAAUGAACCAGAUGAAUUAGAACAGAAAAUUAAAAUUAAAAAUAAAAAAAAAUAAUGAAUUAAUCAUAAAUGUGU